ACUACUUCCUUCUCCUCACGCCUCUCCUCUAUAUAAGACCCACUAAAUAUCAUCUCUUCUUUGCUCAUCUCUUAAUCACAUUUUUCCAGAUAUUUUUGAUAAACUGAUGAAUCAAGAAAAGCCCAUUUCUUGUUGCUGUGUUCUUGAUGCUUCCACUUAUGUGGGUUUCUGGAUUCUCAAGAGAUUACUCACUAGAGGUUACUCUGUUCACGCAGCUAUCCGUAAAAACGAGGAUAGUGUGCUUGAAGAGGAAAUUAGAGACAUGGAAGCUAAAGAAGAGAGAUUAGAGGUUUAUGAUGUGGAUGUGUUAGAUUACCAAAGUAUCCUCAUUUCUCUCAACAAUUGUAAUGCUGUGUUCUGUUGUUUGGACAAUCCUGAAGGGUAUGAUGAGGAGAAGGAAGUGGAUUUGGAGGUGGGAGGAGCUAUUAAUGUGGUGGAAGCAUGUGCAAGAACAGAGAGUAUAGAGAAGAUUGUGUUCUCUUCUUCAUUAACUGCUGCAAUUUGGAGAGAUAACAUUGGAACUCAGAAAGAUGUUGAUGAGAAGUGUUGGAGUGAUCUUGACUUUUGUCUCAAAAAAAAGAUGUGGCAUGCUCUUGCGAAGAUGCAGUCCGAGAAGGCAGCUUGGGCAUUAGCGAUGGACCGUAUGGUCAACAUGGUUUCGGUUAACCCGGGUCUCAUCGUUGGACCAUCAGUGGCUCAACACAACCCUAGACCCACGUCUUACCUCAAAGGAGCUGCACAGAUGUAUGAGAAUGGUGUGUUAGCAUACGUAGACGUCGAAUUUGUAGCGGAUGUUCACAUUCGAGCAUUCGAAGAUACUUCGGCUUGUGGUAGAUACUUUUGCUUCAAUCAAAUUGUGAAUACAGAAGAAGAAGCUCUCAAGCUUGUACAAACUCUAUCUCCUUUAAUACCUAUGCCACCAAGGUAUGAGAAAGAGAUGCAAGGAAGUGAAGUUUAUGAAGAGAGAUUGAGAAACAAGAAACUAAACAAGCUGGUGGAAGCUGGAUUUGCUUGUUAAUUACAUGAAGAGAGAUGUUAUAAAUUAAAGGGCAAGAAAUUGUUUUAAUAAGAAUAGUUUGUUUACUUAUUGUUUUAUUAUUGUAAUCUCAAUUCAGUAUUUUAUAUAUUUAUUUUUCUGUAACUUGAAAUGAAAGGAAAAAAUGUGUUACUCAUAGAAAAGUGAGUAUUUAUUAUGUUGUAUGUCCUUAUUUAUGGAAUAUACGAUGAUACCAGGCAGCAACAAAUAAUAAGAAAAUAAAAAGCA